AACUGAGCCUGGAUAUGAUGACCGAUGGGCAGUACAAGGAGUGCGCAGCCAAAAUCAACGCACUCAUGUGAGACCAAUUGACCUCGAAGUCGCUGAUUGCAUUAUACGCGAUUUCCACCGAAGUAUUCAGAUGCGCACGGAUGAUGAUGCCCUACUAGAGAUGACAGCGAAGGAGAGGGCAUUGAUGGCAGAGAAGAGAAAAGAGGCAGAUAUAUCCGAGAAACAAGCAACGGACGCGACUGCCCACCCUCCAGUUAAAGAGAUCGCUGUUUCUGCUGAUAGAGAAGGAGUGCCAGCAUUGGUUCGCGAAGAAGCAUACCCCACGUCCGCUAAAUCUCGCUCUCAAAGCCUGGUGUCCCCAACCAGCGAAUAUAGCAACGCCAUGCAACUGCCUCUAGACUUGCCUCAUGUCUCUCCCACCAGAAACAACACUCUUUCAUCCUUCACAGAAGACGAUACGGACUGGGGCGAAGAUGAAAUCACUGGAAGCCUCCAAGACCUCCACUUUGCCGAUUUUUCGGCCUUUUCGCAAGAAAGCUUAUUUUCCCAAGAUCAAAUGAAUGAAACCCUGAUGCGGCCCGUAUUUUCACCAAUGAAAGAAGAGCUGAUUGAUAGAAUCAUGAAGGAAUUUUGGGCAAUUUUUGAUCAGGAGAGCGGAACGAUCCUUGGAAAUCCCAGUCCUGGUACCGGCUCAAUGGACGCAGACGAAAACCUAAACGAUAAUAAGCAGACAGCUUCUGAAGGGGGAGAAGAUUCAACACAAAAUACAGGCUCCAACUCGUUCAGCACGACGAAUAACAACAGCCAGAAGUAUCCCCGGAGUGUGCUUGGACGGCACAGCAGGGAAGGCGAAGAUGAUGAUCAAGACAAUGGGGAUGGCAGAAGCCCGAAAAAGCCUAAAACGUUCGUAUCUCCGUGUCAAACCCAAGACGGCAACACCAAAUUCGCGUGUCCUUAUCGGAAGAGAGACCCUCGGAAAUAUUGCGUGCAGCAUUGGCGCUCUUGCGCCUUAACCCCGCUAGAUACUGUUGCUCGGGUUAAGGCCCAUUUGUACAAGUAUCACCGUAUAUUUCCUUGUCAACGAUGCCAGAAACUCUUUAAAGACCCAGACGCAGUAACAUUGCAUGCCCAAACCCCCGAAGGAUGCGAAGUCAGACAUAUCGAGCACACUGAUGGGGUGACCCCUAAAAUCGCCGAGAAGCUUCGAAGCAAGAAAAAAGCACGAGACCAAACCGAAGCAGAAAGAUGGCGGGAUAUAUAUGAAUUACUGUUUCCCAACGAGAUGACACCCAGCCCCUACUUUGAGACUGUUCAAGAAGAUACUGCUCUGUCCCCUGAUUCGCGACAACUGGCCGACUAUGAUGAAUACUACCGCCGAGAAUUACCACGGGCCGUGAGAGCCGCACUAGAGGAAAGCAUCCAGAACCAGUCACAACCUAUCGAAGAGAACUUGAGAAAUAGAUUUAUGGACAUCGUCAGAGAUUGCCAGGAUUUGAUAUCAACAAGAUAUCGAUCUUCAGGAGGAAGAGCGACUGCUACACCUUCGAUAAAUCCUACAAGUCCAGACUUUCCAAUGAUAUCAAUGAGAGAGACGAGAAACGACAUGUCCUUGACCGCGAACGGAACAGCUGAGCUUUCCUUCGGGCGCAUUACUCCUCCCUUCUUCCACCCUCCGUCACCUCAAUCUCAUUUACGGUCCCGCCUGGAGGUUUCUGACCUGCAAAAUAACGCCUCGAAAGCUCCUGAUGGCAAGGACCCAUCUGAUUCUGGUUACAGCAGCAACACUUCUGGCCUUCAAUCACGGCAUCCCUCGUCAUUUCACAACACAAUCGACAGUGCUUCUCUGUCAACCUCUCAGUCUCAUGUUGCGUCUUCCGAGUCAUUUUCAGCUAACGCAGAAAGCACCUGGAAUUUGGACGAUGGACUGUUUGGUAUGAAUCCAGACAACGAUGUUAUGAAUGAGGAUGACACCAGCGCAUUCAACCAAUCUUGGGCGGACUUUAAAGCUCAAUCUGCGGAGGGAAAUGCUUGGAACCUCUACAUGAGUAAUUCGGAGAACCUUAUCAUUCACAUGUUUCAACGACAUGAUUUUGGCAGAGGAUUGGUAGGGAUGGAUAAAGGAGAAUGGAGGGUUAAGGGGAGGUUAUUGUGGAAUUGGGUGAUAUCGGAAUGGGGAAAAAGUGAGCGUUUGCAGCACAAUAUUGUUUAGCCUCCUUUCGCGCAAUCUCGGUUUCUCUAAUGAAAUUUUCUUCCAAGAUCCUUCAAUCUUGAAGGGUUUCUCUUUGCGUGGACUAAAGAAAGUCUCGCUUACCCCUCUAUCCAUGGAAAACACUCCAUAUUUUCUGAACGAGGAAACGGAUUAUGAUCGAGAAGAAAGGGAUAAGGAAAAUUCAGGUAGUUCUUGGGAAGGAUGUUUUCCUCGCGUUUAAGGAGUCAAUCGUUUAUGGAGGGGGGGGGGGAAUUUCGAAGUGUUAGCAAAGCAAUUGAGUAGAGUGCAAAAUUAGCUUUCUGAACUCAGCUGCGUCGACUGUGAUUCUAAAUGCAGGGCGGGCU